AAAGCCUAAACUCUCAACUGUCACAACCACAACACACAACACACAAACGCUUAUUUCUCAUUUAUUAGCUUUCCUAGAAACAAACAAGAUUACCGGUCACCGGCCAAUUUAACCCAUUUCAAUUUUCGUUCGCCGGCCAAGAUGAUAGCUUGUCUUGAGAGAUUCGUUCCCGAAAACGACAUCGAAUCAAAAGCAGCCGUCGAGGCUUCAAUUAUGUGCAAGACUCUGGACCUCCAAGGCAGUAUUGACAGAACGGCUUCCGCCGAUAACGAUUUCGGCGGACUGUAUUCUCGUAGACCGUUAGCCGUAAUUAGACCCUCCGGUGCCGAUGACGUGGCGAGGGUAAUCAAAGCGGCUUCACUGUCAUCGACUCUGACGGUGGCGGCGAGGGGUAACGGCCACUCAAUCAACGGCCAAGCGAUGGUUGACCGUGGACUCCUCAUAAAUAUGCGCCCCACGGAAAACAACCACUUCAAAGAAGUGAAAAUUAAUGGUUCAACCUAUGUGGAUGUGUCUGGAGGGGCAUUAUGGGAAGAUGUCCUAAAACGGUGCAUUGAGGAGUAUGGUUUGGCUCCGAGGUCGUGGACUGAUUAUUUGAGUUUAACGGUGGGUGGAACUUUAUCUAACGCAGGCGUCAGUGGUCAGGCCUUCCGUUACGGCCCACAAACGGCGAACGUUGCCGAGUUAGAGGUGGUAACUGGAAGAGGUGAAGUUGUAGUUUGCUCUGAAAAGAAAAAUUGUGAAUUGUUCUUCAGUGUCCUGGGUGGUCUUGGUCAGUUUGGAAUCAUAACCAGAGCUAGAGUUUUGGUACAGUCAGCACCGGACAUGGUGAGAUGGAUAAGGGUGGUGUAUACCGAGUUCGAUGAGUUUACUCGGGACGCUGAGUUCCUGGUGACUCGUCAAGGAGACGGCGAGUCGUUUGACUACGUGGAAGGCUUCGUGUUCGUUAACAGUGAUGACCCGGUUAACGGAUGGCCUUCGGUGCCUCUGGACCCGGACCACGGAUUCGACCCGGCUCACUUACCUCGAAACGCUGACUCAGUUCUCUAUUGUCUUGAACUCGGUCUUCAUUACAACAACAGUGACCACCCUUCCACAGUUGAUACGGUGGUGAAGAGAUUACUUGGAUGGCUAAGAUUUAUCAAGAAGCUGAAAUUCCAAGUGGACUUGAGCUACGUGGAUUUUCUCUUGCGUGUAAAGCGUGCAGAGGAACAUGCAAAAGCCAACGGAAUUUGGGACUCUCCUCACCCUUGGUUGAACAUGUUCGUCGCCAAAUCAGACAUAGCGGAAUUUGAUGAAGCCAUAUUCAAGAAGAUCUUGAAGGAUGGCGUGGGUGGACCCAUGUUAAUUUACCCUCUACUGCGAAGCAAGUGGGAUAAUCGUACGUCGGUGAUGACACCAAAAGAAGAUGUCUUCUACCUUGUUGCCUUGCUCCGAUUUUCUCCAACAGGAUCGAACGGUGCAGAGGUUGAGAAAAUGGUGUCACAAAACCGUCAGAUUGUGGACUAUUGCGUCCAAAAUGGAUUCGAUUACAAGUUAUACCUGCCUCACUACCAAACAGAAGAGCAAUGGAAGGAACAUUUUGGAGGUAAAUGGGAAAGAUUUGUGGAGAGGAAGGCGUGCUAUGAUCCAAUGGCUAUUCUUGCACCUGGACAGAAAAUAUUUGAAAGGAUACGUAAUAUUUCAUGUAAUCCCUAGUAUGUUGUAAUGUUGGUUGGUGGACAAAAAAAAAAAAAAAUCAAUUGUAAUUU